AUGCCUCGAGGUCAGAAGAGUAAGCUCAGAGCCCGGGAGAAACAUGGUGAUGCCCGAAGUGACACCCAUGAUCUUGAGUGUGUUCAGGCCACUACAGAGGAUGAAGAAGAGUCUUCCCCCACCCUGUCUACUUCAUUUGGGGAUUCUCAACAGAGCGCACCACCUGUUCCCAGUCACAAGGAGUCUGAGAGAGUCCCAUCCAUCUUCACAGCCUUUGCUGACGUAGGUGCUGACAAGCAAGAUGAGGCAAGUCCAAGUUCUAGUAAGGGCCCACCCUCCACUGAGAAGUCUCAAAAAGACCCUGUAAUCUGGAGAGCUGGCCUAUUGUUGCAAUUCCUGCUACACAAGUAUAAAAUGAAAGAGCCCAUUACCAAGACAGAAAUGAUGAAGAUCAUCAACAAAAAGUACAAGGAGCAUUUCCCUCAGAUCCUCAGGAGAGUCUCUGAGCACGUGGAGCUGGUCUUUGGCCUUGAGCUGAAGGAAGUCGACCCCAAAGGUCAAUCCUAUGUCUUGGUCAGUCAAUUGGAGAUAACCAAGCAAGUUAAUCUGAGUGGUUGCAGGGGGUUUCCCAAGCAAGGGCUUCUGAUGCCUCUCCUGGGCGUAAUCUACAUGAACAACAACCUGGCCCCUGAGGAGAAGAUAUGGGAAUACCUGAAUGCAUUAGGGAUCUAUGAUGGGAAGAGACACUUCAUCUUUGGGGAUCCCAGGAAGCUCAUAACCAAAGAUUUGGUGCAGGAAAAGUAUCUGGAGUACCGGCAGGUACCUGGCAGUGAUCCUCCAUGCUAUGAAUUCCUGUGGGGUCCCAGAGCCCAUACUGAACAAUGCAAGACAAAAAUAAUGGAGUAUUUAGCCAAGAUCAAGAAUAUCGACACUGGUGCAUUUCAAACCCUUUAUGAGGCAACUUGGAGAUAUGAGGAAGAGAGAGGGGAAGCCACAGUAUGGUCAGGUCGUAAUGCCAGGGCUAUGGCCCGUUUUAGGGCCAAGUCCAGCAGGUCCUCCCACCCCAAGUGA